CUCACACUUUGCUGGAGUUGGUGCGGAGUGAGCAGGAUCAAAAAAACAACAGCUAUAGGUGCUUUUACGGAUUUUAUUUUCCUGCCUUCAAUGAUUCCCGAAGAUGCAUUGAUGUCGCCGUUUAAAAUCGAGGGAGUUUGUCUUGAAAGUAGGUCCAGGUUUAGCGACGACGUUGCGAAGUUGUUCCCUUGAAGUUUUCACCCCAAGGGCUGCAAAGCGAAUUCCCUGUUUACUAUUCAACUACCCCAGCCAUCAUGGCGAGGCGGGUACGGGGAGAAGGAUCCGUGAUUUUAACACACAUUCCGUACACGAAUUGGAGUAAGCAGUCGAGACUCCACUGGUAUAACUUCAUGGCUGUUUCUUUGAGCUUUGUGGCAGUCUUGUCGCUUCUAUGUUGUGGGGUUUGUGGUGCCGAAACGGAGUUCUCGAUCUUGGAGGAGGCACAAGUUUUAGCCGUACAAAUGAAAAAACUGUCCUCGCAGGAGCUCGGAGUCUUCAACAUGCAGAGAAUCUUCAACUCAUUUGUGUACACAGAAAAGACCUCAAACAGAGAGACCGAGGUACAGCAGCUUGCGAAGAAGAUCCGUGAGAAGUUUAACCGCUACCUGGAUGUGGUGAACAGGAACAAGCAGGUAGUGGAGGCGUCAUACACAGCCCACCUGACCUCUCCUCUGACCGCCAUCCAGGACUGCUGCACCAUCCCCCCCUCCAUGGUUGAGUUUGAUGGUAACUUCAACACCAACGUGUCCAAGACCAUCUGCUGUGACAGGCUGUCCCCCACGGUCAACAGUCGAGCCUUCAACCCUGGACGGGACCUCAACUCAGUGUUGGCAGAUAACCUGAAGUCCAACCCGGGCAUCAAGUGGCAGUACUUCAGCUCAGAGGAGGGCAUCUUCACUGUGUUCCCCGCCCACAAAUUCCACUGCAAGGGCAACUACGAGCACCGCAGCAGGCCAGUGUACGUGGCGGCGGUGCGGCCCCAGUCUAAACACAUCGUGGUGAUCAUCGACCACGGAGUGACCAUUACAGAAACACAGCUCCAGAUUGCCAGAGAUGCUGCCCUCGUCGUCCUCAACUCCAUAGACGAACAUGACAAGGUCUCGAUCCUGUCCUCAGCGGAGGCUGUGCGCUCCUGUUCUCUGGACCCGUGCUAUAAGAGCUACCUGUCUCCUGCCACCAGCGAGACCAAGAGGAAGAUGAGCGCCUUCAUUAGCAACCUCAAGGCCUCCGACAGCCCUACCCAGCAUGCACUGGGCUUCCAGAAGGCCUUCCAGCUCCUCAGGAACACCAGCAGCGUCACCCAGAAACUCACUAACACAGACAUGGUGAUAGUCUACCUGUCAUCUGGCAUCACGUCCCGAGACGCAUCGGAGCAUGAGAAGAGAGACACCCUCCGUGUGGUCAAAGAGGAGAACCGCCACCUCAACAACUCAGUCAUGAUCCUCACCUACGCCCUCAUGAAUGAGGGGGUGACGGGUCUGAAGGAGCUAGCGUUCCUGCGUGACCUAGCGGAGCAGAACUCUUUGAAGUACGGCGUCCCGGACCGCUCGGCGCUACCCGUGGUGAAGGGGAGCAUGAUGGUCCUGAAUCAGCUCAGUAACCUGGAGACCACCGUGGGACGCUUCUACAUCAACCUGCCCAACCGCAUGAUAGACCUGUCCUGCUUCAGCCUGCCCUACCAGGACCCCAUGGGAGACGGUUUCAUCAUGACGGUGAGCCGGCCCUGUUACUUUGGCAACCUGUUGCUGGGUGUGGUUGGGGUGGACGUGAACCUAGCCUACAUUCUAGAGGACGUCACCUACUACCAGGAUUCCUUGGCCUCCUACACCUUCCUCAUAGACAACAAAGGUUACACCCUGAUGCACCCGUCCCUCACGCGGCCCUACCUGAUGACAGAGCCUCCCCUCCAUACUGACAUCAUCCACUAUGAGAACAUCCCUGGGUUCCCCGUGGUACGGGACAACAUUCUCCGUCUGCCCCUGGGUAGUCAGGUGAUAGCUGUGCCCACCAACUCCUCUCUGUCCUGGCACACCAACCGCCUCCGAGACCCCAGCAAGGAUGCCUACAACGUCAGCUACACAUGGAAACUGGUCCAGGACAAGUCGUUCAUCCUGUGCAUAGUGAACAUACAGCCAGAGAUCCCUGUGAAACACCUGAAGAACCUGAACACUGCUCCCAGCUCCAAGCUGCUCUAUCACCGACUGGACCUGCUGGGUCAGCCCAGCUCCUGUCUGCACUUCAAACAGCUGGCCACUGUCGAGAGUCCUACAGUGAUGCUGUCUGCAGGGAGUUUCUCCUCGCCCUACGAGCACCUCAGCCAACCAGAGACCAAACGCAUGGUGGAACACUACACUGCCUACCUCAGUGAUAACACACGCCUCAUAGCCAACCCUGGACUCAAGUCGUCGGUCAGGAACGAGGUGAUGGCGACCAGUCACGUCACAGAUGAAUGGAUGACACUCAUGGAGAUGAGUAGCCUCAACUGCUACAUUGUGCGCCGUUACAUAGCAACGCCCAAUGGAGUGCUUCGGAUUUACCCCGGCUCACUCAUGGACAAAGCCUUCGAUCCGACCCGGAGACAAUGGUACCAGCACGCAGUGGCGAACCCUGGCCUCAUCACCUUCACCGGGCCUUACCUGGAUGUGGGUGGGGCCGGAUACGUGGUCACCAUCAGCCACACCAUCCACACCUCCAGUUCUCAGAUGGCCUCAGGGUAUGCAGUAGCAGUAAUGGGGAUAGACUUCACACUGCGUUACUUCUACAAGGUUCUGCUGGACCUGCUACCCAUCUGCAAUCAGGACAAGGGCAACAAGAUCCGGUGUUUUAUCAUGGAGGACAGGGGUUACUUGGUGGCCCACCCCACCCUCAUCGACCCUAAAGGUCACGCUCCAGCCGAGCGGCAGCACAUCACACACAAGGAACCUCUGGUGGCCAACGACAUCCUGAACCAUCCUAACUUUGUCAAGAAGAACUUGUGCAACAGCUUCAGCGACCGAACAGUCCAACGUUUCUACAAGUUCAACACCAGCAUCAUUGGUGACCUGACUAACCUGGUCCAUGGGAGCCACUGCUCCAAGUACCGUCUGACCCGUAUCCCUGGCACCAACGCUUUCGCUGGCAUCGUCAACGAGACGUGUGAUUCGCUGGCUUUCUGUGCCUGUAGCACCGUGGACCGCCUCUGUCUCAACUGUCACAGGAUGGAGCAGAAUGAGUGCGAGUGUCCAUGUGAGUGCCCCCUGGAGGUUAACGAGUGUACUGGCAACCUCACCUACACUGAGAACAGGAACCCCAGCUGUGAGGUGCACCAGGAGCCCCUGUCUCUGACGGUGAUGGACUCCAGUCUGCAGGACACCCUGCCCCAGUGUAUCAACACCCGCUGCAGCCAGCGCUUCACUAGCAGUGACUGUUUUGGCGUGUUGGACUGUGAAUGGUGUAUGGUGGACAAUGAUGGGAAGACCCACCUGGACACACCUUACUGUGCCCUGCAGAAGGAAUGCUUCGGGGGCAUCCUCGGGGCCAAGAGCCCUUACAUGGACGGCAUGGGGAUGUUGGAUGAGGAGGUUGCAUCUCUGAACAUGAUUCGGAGUGCACCGGUAGGGCCGGUUGCCGGGGGGAUUAUGGGCUGUAUCAUGGUGCUGGUGUUGGCUGUAUACGCCUACAGACACCAGCUCCACCGGCGCUCACACCAACACAUGUCCCCUCUGGCCGCGCAGGAGAUGUCAGUGCGGAUGUCGAACCUGGAUAAUGAGCGAGAUGAGGACAGUCAUGAAGACAGGGGAAUCAAUGUUUUCCUGUCCCGUCCUGCAGUCAGCAACACACGGUUUAUUGCUGCAGUGAUGGAGAGACACACCCACAGCCCCGAGCGCAGGAGGAGGUACUGGGGACGGUCAGGGACAGAGAGUGACCACGGUUACAGCACCAUGAGUCCUCAGGAGGACAGCGAAAACCCUCCCUGCAACAACGACCCCCUGUCGGCCGGCGUGGACGUGGGGAACCACGACGACGACCUGGAUCUGGACACGCCCCCUCAGACGGCGGCGCUGCUCAGCCACAAGUUCCACCCGUACCGCCACCCGCCCCACCACCAGCUCCACACACACCACCUGCAGGCAGCUGUCACUGUGCACAGUGUGGACGCAGAGUGCUGAUCCUCUAUACCCGAUACCUACACAGGCCUCAGCUCUCCUCCAACCCCACCAGCCCUAUCCCAAGCCUGGCUACAUCACUACUAGCUAUUCAUCCAACACUACCACUACCAACCCCAGACUCCACCACUCAUGUGUGCUCCCACUGUGCCAAGCCAGGGUGAGAGGAGUUGGGCUGGGGAGAACAGAGCAGACCCCCUGCAGGAGGAACACUAGCUUCUGUAGCCCAGUAUAGCCCUGCUCAGAAACAUGGGGGGUGUGGUGGAGGCCUCUUUUAUUCAAAAGGGGUCUGAACUUGUUUAAAAGUGUAAACAAAGCAUCUCAAAUUUUUAAGAAGAAGAUAACAAAUAAGAAAUAAAUGAUUAUUUUUCUACUAUUUAUUGAACUGGAUUUGAGAAUGAUCAGAUGAGCGCCUGACAGUGGCUGGAGCUGAACUGAAUGAACUCUGGUUGCCAAGGUAACCACAGUGGCUGAUCAUGGACCACAGAGUGUCCCUGCUGCACACGCCCCUCACUUCCUGUUAAGGACGCAUCAUGAAGAGGAAGUGGUUAUUCAACACAUAUCUGACACAGGUUAUUCUUUGGAUUAUUUUCAGUUGAGAAUCAGAAAAUCCUUGUUAUUGUUGUGAAAUUAGUUGAACUCUUUGUCCUGACUGAACAAGCUGAGUACAAUAAAUUGUAUUCACUAAUCCACCCUACCAGGCAACCACCAGUCAAGGGCUGGUUUGUGUCAAUGGGAUGCUGUAUGACUGAAUAUGGAAGGGCGAUGUCAGGCCAGAACCCUGGCAGAAUGACUCAGACACACAGGAAGAGCCAUUCCCACACUUUAGUGACCUGUUAUCUGCCUGAACAUUAAGGCAUAGAGCUGGUGAGAGGGAUUGGUUGGUCUGUUUUAUCUGACCCACUCACACUAACAUCUGGACCUGGUGGGCCAAGCUAUGACUCUCUCUGUCUCUAUGCCUUAGUGGGACCUAUCAGUGUUGAAGAGAGGUGUGUGUGUGUGUGUACACAGCUUGUGCAACUGUAAUUGUGUGUGUGUGUGUGUGUGUGUGUGUGUGUGUGUGUGUGUGUGUGUGUGUGUGUGUGUGUGUGUGUGUGUCUGAUUGUAUGGAAGUGGUCAGAGCAUCUUAAUUGAAAGCAUUAUUACAUGGUUUAAUUGUUUUGAAAGUGUAAUUAGUGAAUAGAGAUGAAAUUAUUUUUGUUUCAGCAGUCCGCCUGAUUUUCGGACGAGUAAUUUCCCCGUUAUGACUGUUUUUUUGUCAUGUGAUUCAUGGAUGAACUUCUCCAAAUCAUGUCAUUAUGCUAUUCAUUUAGUUUUGGUGAAGAAUGUCUCAUGUUUUUUUACCCCCGAUCUAAACUGUAUAAUGUGUACAUACCUUUUUAAAAGUCACAAAUAGCUAUUCAUGUGUUGCACUCCAUAUUUUUAUGUUGGAAAUGAAAUAUUGUUUACUCAAAAUGAUGCUCAGA